AUAAACCUCUUUAAAAUCCUUCUUCUUUCCGAAAACUUAUAAACAACAAACUUCCACCAUUUCUCCCAUUCCUGCAUCUGUAAGCUAUAUUUUGCAACGAACAAAAAUUAAAAUUCAAACCCUAACCCUUUUGGACUACGAGGAGUCUCCUUGAUUCUUCUCAACGAUUCUAAGGGUUUUAGAUUUGGGGGGAAACGAUGGAGGAAAGAGGAUAUGCGUUUGAGGUUAGCAAUGGCCGUCCGACGGCGAGUGAGUUGGGGAGUUCUCGGAGGAAUUCUUCGCCGCAGCGGCCGUCAUUGACGAAGUCAUCGUCUGUCCGUGAAGGAGGAGGAAGUAAGGGACGGAGGUCAAUGAAGCCGAGUUCCGACGACGAGUUCAUUACUUUACUCCAUGGCUCAGAUCCGGUGAGAGUCGAGCUCAGCAGGCUCGAGAAUGAAGUCAGAGAUAAAGAUCGGGAGUUGUCUGAAUCCCAAGCUGAGAUCAAGGCUUUGAGGUUGUCUGAACGCCAAAGAAAGAAGGCUGUCGAAGAGCUUACCGAAGAGUUGGGAAAGAUGUCGGAGAAGCUCAAACUGGCUGAGAACCUUGUCCAGAGUAAAAAUCUUGAAAUCAAGAAAAUUAAUGAAGAAAAAAAGGCGUCCAUGGCAGCUCAAUUUGCUGCAGAAGCCACUCUUCGAAGGGUUCAUGCUGCUCAGAAGGAUGAUGAUAUGCCUCCUAUUGAAGCCAUUCUUGCCCCUCUAGAGGCUGAACUCAAGUUGGCGAGACAUGAAAUUGCUAAACUUCAAGACGAUAACAGAGCAUUGGACCGUCUAACUAAAUCAAAGGAAGCAGCUUUGCUGGAUGCCGAAAGAACUGUCGAGACUGCUCUUGCCAAGGCUUCAAUGGUUGAUGAUCUCCAGAACAAGAACCAAGAGUUAAUGAAACAGAUUGAAAUUUGUCAGGAAGAGAACAGGAUUCUGGACAGAAUGCACAGACAAAAGGUUGCAGAAGUUGAAAAGUUUACACAGACUGUGCGAGAGCUAGAAGAAGCUGUUCUUGCUGGUGGCGCAGCUGCAAAUGCAGUGCGAGAUUACCAGAGGAAAUUCCAAGAAAUGAAUGAAGAGAGGAGAGUCCUUGACCGGGAGCUGGCCCGUGCAAAGGUAAGCGCAAGCAGGGUUGCAACUGUAGUGGCAAAUGAGUGGAAAGAUGGUAGCGACAAAGUGAUGCCUGUGAAGCAAUGGCUCGAAGAACGGAGAUUUCUGCAGGGAGAAAUGCAACAGCUACGUGACAAACUUGCCAUAGCUGACCGAGCUGCAAAAUCAGAAGCUCAGCUGAAGGAGAAAUUUCAACUGCGGCUUAAGGUCUUAGAAGAGAGUUUAAGAGGGCCUCCAAGCGGUGGCAACAGAACGACACCUGAAGGAAGAAGUAUCAGCAACGGGCCUUCACGAAGACAAUCACUUGGCGGAGCCGAUGUCAUACCAAAACUGACCUCAAAUGGAUUCUUCUCCAAGAGAACACCGAGUUCCCAGUUCAGAUCUUUGAGUUCUAGUGCAAGUACAGUGCUGAAGCAUGCUAGAGGAACAUCCAAAUCAUUCGACGGAGGCAGCAGAUCUUUAGAUAGGAGCAAACUGCUAACAAACGAACGAAGCUCGAAGUUUCCACUGAACCAAUCUUCUGAAGGAACCAGCGAAGGCGACUCACCUAACUCAACAAAACAAGAAGAGUCAGAGAAGCCUGCAGGAGGAACGAAUAAUGAUAGUGUCCCGGGAGUGUUACAUGAUUUGCUUCAGAAGGAGGUGAUAACUUUAAGAAAAGCUGCUCAUGAUAAAGAUCAAAGCAUAAGAGAUAAGGACGAAGCUAUUGAGAUGUUGGCCAAGAAGGUUGAGACACUAACAAAGGCGAUGGAGGUAGAGGCAAAGAAGAUGAGAAGAGAAGUAGCUGCAAUGGAGAAAGAAGUUUCAGCCAUGCGUGUGGAUAAUAAAGGACCAGAUAGUAGAACGAGACGUCUCUCUACUACUACUACUAACUCAAGGGGAUCUUCAACAACUACUGCACAUUUGCUGUCAGGAAGCAGGGGGUCAGGACGAAUGGGGAUGACAAGGAGCACGCAGUAAUCGAAAGAAGUAACCAGAAAGAAUGUUUGAUUCCACGAGCUAAAUUUCAAUCUCAAUCAGUGAUUAAUAUAUUGAAGGAUGAUUAUUAAAAACAAAAGCACACAAAUGUAGAAAAGCAAUUGAGAAAGUUUGUGUGCUUCUCUAACAUAGUAAGAUUGCUAAUCUUCUUUGUGUUGGUGAUGUUUAUUGUUUUACUUAUAGUAUAGUACAGAAAAGAGUUAGCCUGUGUGUGUGUUUGUAACUACCCUUUUAAGCUUCGCGUGUGACUUGUUUUAUUUCUCUCUUUA